AUGGCCCGUAGGACAGUCUACGAUCAGGCGACCACCGGCUUCGCUGGUGGGAAUUCCCCCAUCACCCUUCCAGAGAUCCCGAACGAUCGGUCUUGGCAGAUUCCAUCCUACAUUAUGACCGCCAUCACAAAUUCUUGCCAGUUCCAUGGUUGUGAUGACGAGGUUGCCCCCGCUCGUAUCAAUCGCAUCACUCGUCUCUGCAGCACCUUCUCCAUUGAGGGUGUCAAUCUUGAUGCUAGGUAUCUUCAGGUUUUUCCGUUCUCACUCGCUGGACACGCAGCCGUCUGGUUCGAUUCCCAGCCAGCUGGCACUUUCACUACUUGGGCAGGCCUUCGCGAUGCAUUCUUAGCCAAGUAUUUUCCGCCAGCCAAGGCGUCUCGCCUUCGUGACCAGAUUCACUCAUUUCGUAUGGAGCCCGAUGAGCCGUAUCACUUAGCUUGGGAGCAUUUUCAGACCCUGAUUACCCGUUGUUCUCAGCAUGGUCUAUCCGACUGGGCAUUAGUAGAGAAAUUCUACAAUGGUCUUACUCCUGAGAUUAGAGCUCGCUUCGAUACUUCAGCAGGAGGUCAGCUUAUGGGAAAGAAGACGGUGGCUGAGUGCAAUGAUUUGUUUGAGAGUUUUGCCCACUCCGAUAUGGACUACAGUAUUACCAGCAGGACUUCCGUUCAUGUGCGUACCACCUCGGCCGGUCGAGGUGUAAACCAAGUUAGCUUGGACCCAUCGGUAGCUGCUGUAGUCGAGAAUUUGGGGCAGGAGUUGAGGCAGGAGAUGAGGCAGGAGUUGAGUGAGAUAAAGAAGAAAGUUGAUAGGUGUGAGGUUUGUCAAGGAGGUCAUGAUACUAUCGAUUGUCCUACCCUUACCCUUGAGCAGGUUGAGUACAUAGCCGGUCAGUCUAGGGGUCCCACAAAUCUGUUCAAUAAUUCUAAUUCCAGCUGGCGCGGUAGUGGUAAUUCGAGUGGUUAUCGUUCGUCUGGAAAUCCUCCUGGAUUUCCAUCUGGUCAGUAUCAGAGUAGAGGGCCCGGUUCGAGUGGGCAGUUUGCGAGUGAAGGAGCGACUCAGGAGAGUCAGGGUAGUGGGAAGGCUUCCGAGGGUAGUCUGAGCAGGUUGGAGGAGAUGUUCGCUCAGAUGAUGACGCAGAAUCAGGCGUUCAUUAAAAGUCAGGAGAAGACUAAUAAGAAUCACGAACUCCGGCUCAAGAGUCAGCAGGCCGCCCUUCUUGAUCUUCAGCGAACAGUGGGCGGACUUGCUAAGCAGUUGCAGGAGCACCCGUCGGGUCAGUUUUCGGGAAACACUUUCACGAAUCCCGCGAACCAGUCAGCGAAGGUGAUUACGAACCCUAGUGGGAAGAGUUUGGGACAGUUGAAAAUCAAUCUUCCGUUUAUCGAGGCGCUUCAGUCUAUGCCUAAGUAUGCGAAAUUUCUCAAAGAUCUUUUGAAGCGUAAGGAGAGAAUCGGUGAGCUUUCGAAUAUUCCGUUGACAGGAGGUUGUUCCGCGGUAGUCUUGAAUAAGCUACCAGAGAAAUUGACCGACCCUGGUACUUUCAUGAUUCCAUGUUUCUUUGGGGCAGCCGUUACCCCUGCUCACGCCUUAGCCGAUUUAGGGGCCGCAUCAAUCUGA